CUGGGGACCUGGGGAGUUAUAAGGAGGCUUGAACCUGGAGUGUGAGCAUUUGGGAGAGUCACUCGCUUCAUUUAGAAUACGGCCAGACCGAGGCUAAUCCGAGAGCUGCACUGAAAAUUGAGUGCUAACUGGCUGCGAAAAUGGUCUUGGUUACACUUUGUGCUACCUUCCUGUGCACUUUUGUGCUGCCCUUGGCGCUUUUCGUGGCCGCGGUGAAGUUGUGGGAAGUUUACUGUAUCAGUGGAAGGGACCCAACCUGUGAAAAGCCCCUACCUCCGGGCUCCAUGGGGCUGCCUUUCUUGGGAGAGACCCUCCACCUAGUCCUGCAGAGAUACAAAUUCCUGAAAAUGAAAGUGCGAAAGUACGGCUACAUCUACAAGACUCAUCUGUUCGGGAACCCGACGGUGCGGAUCAUGGGAGCCGAGAACGUGAAGCAGAUCUUACUGGGAGAGCACAAAUUGGUCUCGGUACAAUGGCCUGCCUCAGUGCGGACCAUUCUGGGAGCCAGCUGCUUGUCCAACCUACACCACUCGGAGCACAAACACAGGAAGAGGGUGAUCUUGAAAGCUUUCUCGCGGGAAGCUCUGCAAAAUUACAUCCCGGUGAUGGGCGAGGAGAUCCGGGCCGGCGUCCGGCGGUGGUUGGACAGCGGCUCCUGUGUGCUGGUCUACCCCGAAAUGAAGCGCCUCAUGUUCGGCAUCGCGAUGCGGAUUCUGCUGGGCUUCGAACCGACACACACCAGCCCGCAAACUCAACAGGAGCUCAUCCAGGUCUUUGAGGAGAUGAUCCGCAAUCUCUUUUCCCUGCCCAUCGACGUACCGUUCAGCGGCUUAUACCGGGGACUGAAGGCGAGGAAUGUGAUCCACGCGAAAAUCGAAGAGAACAUCAGGAAAAAAGUGGCGAGACGCGAAUCCACCGGGCAAUUCAAAGAUGCUCUGCAACUUCUGAUUGAGCAGUCGGAGCAGAGUGAGCAACCUCUGCGUUUACAGGAGCUGAAGGAAUCCGCUACCGAGUUGUUAUUUGCAGGACAUGAGACGACCGCCAGUACCGCCACCUCCCUGGUCACCUUCCUGGCUUUACACCGGGAGGUGCUACAAAAGGUCAGGAGGGAACUACAAGAGCAGGGAUUACUAAGCAGCGACGGCACAGAGAUCAGACACAUCACCAUGGAACUGCUGGAACAACUGAAAUAUACCGGAAGUGUUAUCAAAGAAACUCUUCGGCUCAGUCCCCCAGUCCCCGGAGGAUUCCGCGUGGCCCUAAAAACCUUCGUGAUAAAUGGAUAUCAGAUACCUAAAGGCUGGAAUGUUAUUUACAGUAUUUGUGACACACAUGAUGUAGCCACAAAUUUCUCAAAAAAAGAUGAGUUUAACCCAGAUCGCUUCAUGGAGGGUUGCUCAGAAAAUGAUUCCUGCAGAUUCAGCUACAUUCCUUUUGGAGGCGGCUCCAGGAGUUGUGUGGGCAAAGAGUUUGCCAAGAUUCUCCUCAAGAUCUUCACAGUGGAGCUCGUCAGGGCUUGUGACUGGGAACUUUUAAAUGGGCCUCCUACCAUGAAAACCAAUCCCACUGUGUAUCCAGUGGACAACUUGCCCACAAAAUUCACACCAUUCCCGUACAACAUAUGACCUAUAUUCACAACCCUUGGGAACUCUGAAGAUCAACAUAUCAAUAACCAACAUCUAGAUUUGCAUAGAGUCUACAGAUAUUUCACUGUCAUUUUAGUCAGGAUACCAAUCACAAAAUAGCCUUCAGAAAGACAACUUGGAUUCAUUAAAAAAAAGAGAAGCUUUGAGGUGAUUUUCACAAAAAGUAAUUUUAUCCAGAUUGUGCAGGAAAAUGUUUUCAACUGCACUAACUGUUAUAAAAUUUUUCCUGCCCACAGUAAUGAGAGUCAAACUAUUUCACACACUUGUAUUUUAAUUGUUGUUUUUGUUAAUUCUGCAAAUAAGAUAUUUUAUUGAUUUGUAAUCACAAACUAUUGCUUUUAGGUUGUUGAUUAUUUAAAUACAUUGUAGUUUUGUAAUGCAACUGCUAAUUUAUGUUGAAUCUUUGAAUGUAAAUAUUAUAAUUUAAAGAACUGGCAGCCUGACAAACAUUGCAAGUAUAUUUCAAGCACUAUGCCAUGAAUCAAGUGAAUACAUGGUGAGGGAUAAUAGGUGUAUCCAUCCUUAGAAAUUUUUUUUAAAGGAACACUGUACACAAUAAAGACUGAAAAACACUGA